AUGACUCUGCGCGCCCUCUCGGCCGCGCUGCUCCUGCUGGAGGCGGCGUCCCUGUCCGACGUGACACCUCUGGCGCCGCUGCUGCCCGGUGUAAGCUCAGGCUUCCGGCUCCACGGCGCGCGCCGCCGCGCCCUGGAGGAGGCGAGGAAGGCUGCCGUCGAGGCCGCCGCCGCCCGGGACGGCGCCCAUCAUCCUCCCGCCUCCGCCCCGCGGCGCCCGCGCGGCCGCCGGGCGAGCCCGCGCUCUGCCCAGCGGACCCGCCCGACGAGCUCGCCGGAGAGUAUGAGGUGUGGCACAACGGCGUCCGGCGCAACGCGACCGUGUCCAUCAUGCUGCAACAACGUCAUCUACGAUGGGGCCUCCUCGACCAGCCUCAUCCGCUUCAUCGACGCGUCCGUCACGGAGUGCAAGCGCAUGGGGGACCGGGACGCCACCAUCUACGUCACGUCAAGUAGGGACAUGAUCGCCGCACGUGCCUCUACCGCGAUGGAGUCUCCCUCAGAGGCAAUCGUUACGUUG